CCGAUCAAGGGAAUAUCAACUGAAUGACUCAGCAGCAUACUAUCUCAAUGCCCUAGAUCGCAUUUCUCGCCCAGGCUAUGUUCCAACUCAACAAGAUGUACUGCGCACCAGAGUGAAAACCACAGGAAUUGUUGAAACCAAUUUCUCCUUCAAGGAUCUCAAUUUCAAGUUAUUUGAUGUUGGUGGUCAGAGGUCAGAAAGGAAGAAAUGGAUCCAUUGCUUUGAAGGAGUCACAGCUAUUAUCUUUGUGGUAGCUUUAUCAGGUUAUGAUUUAGUAUUGGCUGAAGACGAAGAGAUGAAUCGUAUGAUAGAAAGCAUGAAGCUCUUUGACUCCAUCUGUAACAACAAAUGGUUUGUGGAGACCUCAAUAAUUCUCUUCCUUAAUAAAAAGGAUUUGUUUGAAGAGAAAAUUACAAAAUCUCCACUAACAAUUUGCUUCCCAGAAUACACAGGGACCAAUAACUAUGAUGAGGCAGCAAAUUAUAUUCGCAUGAAAUUUGAGAAUCUUAACAAGAGGAAGGACCAGAAAGAAAUUUACACUCAUUUUACGUGUGCAACUGACACUACCAACAUACAGUUUGUGUUUGAUGCUGUAACAGAUGUAAUCAUCAAACACAACCUCAAGGACUGUGGGCUCUUCUAAAGGAUGAUCUACUGUAAAUACACGGGUGGUUGUUAGCAAGCCAUAUACUUGAAGCCUCAUGCUCAGAUGAGCCAGAGGGGCAUGAAAACCUGGCUAUUGUCCCUGCCCAUUACAUUCCCCUGUGGAAAGUUCACACCAAAGUAUUAUUAUACUGCUUGGACACAAUAGCCAGUUUAUAUUUUUCUGAAUGAGCUGAAAUUGAAAUUGCAAACAUAAAGACAUGAUUAAAUGUUUAAUUCAGCUAGAAAUUGGUGUGCACAAUUGGACUCCAGCCACAUUGCACAAUGGUACACGGUACCUACUUUUUCUCCAGCUAUGUAGUUUUCUUUCCUUGGAAAUGUGCACAAAUUGUAUGGACUUUAAUUGUGUGCCAUGUGUUAUUUGGGCCAGUGAUUACUGUUGGUGUUGUGGGCAUGUUUACCAGUCAGAUGUACUGCUUCUUUGAGUGACAAUCGUGAUUAUUUCUUCCUGAAAGUGUAUGUAUGUAUUAUGAAGAAUGAAUUGUUUUCUGUCUUUAUUACAUUUCUUUUUCAUGUUGGAUGUGAUUUCUGAGUGGAAUAUUGAAGCUAGCAUUUUAAUUUUAAGACAGCAGCAUGUGGCAACCAGAAAACAUGUCUUGAGUCCUUAAUUGUGUUUACCUUUUAAAUGUGUAACAGCAGUGAUGUACCUCUGACAUUUUACACUGUAUUUGUCACAAAUGUAGUUGUGAAGACGUGAAUGCUUCACUGCAUUAGCUCAACCGAGUGACAUGGAGACUAAUUAUUCUUGGAGUUGUUGGUCUUAGUUAUUUAGCUAAGAACAGAUAAACCUUGAUAUGAGUUUCUCCUUAUGGUAUGACUUUUAUUCUGAAAGCUUUUAUCUGUAGAAAUAUUUUAUUACACAGGCAACAGAAUGCCAAAGUUUGUCAUUUCCUUUUUCAUCAUAGCUUAUUAUCUUCAUUUGCAAGAAUAUAUUUGAAGUUUGCUUGUAGAAAUGUGUUCUGUAUGAUUUGGAACUUCUAAGUAUAUCUGAUAUUCAUGAUGACUUGGAUUUAAUAUGAAUUCUAGAUACAGGCAGGAGGUAGUUAACAGAAGGAAGCAGGGACCAUUCUGAUACAUUCUAAACUUUUUUUUUUUUUAUAUAUAUAUAUAAUUUCCUUGUAUUUUUCUUCCUACAAGUGUUUGGUGGUUUUAGUUGUACAGUGUAUAUUUAUACUUGAUCAGUGUGGCCAGUUUUAAACCUUAUCCUUCUUUGUUCUGUCAGCGUUCCCCUGCCAUAUACUGGAUUUGCAAAGCCCUGGGCAUUUUUCAGUUGCUGCCAAAGAAGUUUUUCCUAGUUUUUAAAAUUUCGAUAUUAAAAUUUAUCUCCCCAAAUAUUUUUCAGUUCCAAGUUAAUGAGGUUAUUUUUUUUCUGUAAAUCACAGCAUUUAGCAGAAUAUGUUAAAAAUCUUUGCAUCCUUACAGUAAUGUUACAAAUGUGCAAGAAAUUAGGGUAGACUUCUUAAAUGGCAAAAGCUCCAGUGCUUAUUGCUUCUUAUUGCUGAUUUUCUAUUGUGGCAUUCCUUUCUCUUGUAAAUUAUAACUCAAGAUGUGCCUGUUCAUUAGUAGAGCUGUGUAGACUUGUAUCUGCUGUUUGCAGAGUCAAGAUAUGGGAGGGAGAUGAUUUAUAUUACUAUAGCUAUAAAUAUCAAUAUUCACUCCUUAAUUGUUUGCAAUUUUCCAUCUGUGAAUGUAUGUACAAUACAGAUUAAAUUUCAUUUUAUCAUAUCUUAGUGUAAGUAUAGAUCUUCCUGCAGUGUUAAGGUUUGCCAAAUUGAUGUCUAAAAUAUUGGGUCAGAACUAAGGAAUAAAAGUUGUAAAACUACAAAGAAACAAUGUUCUAAGACUAGUGGUAUCCAUACAAUAAUUCAUAAUUUAACAAGUGAUCAGUUUAUAGAGAUGAUUGUUUACUAUGACACUGCUGUGUGGGUGCACACAACUUAUUUUUGGCUUCCAUGUCAGAUAAGGACUAAAUUAGAACAAAACAAUAACUUUAUUCCUAAACUGAAAUUGACAAAUUAAAAUCAUGGCCAAAAAAAAAAAAAAAAAAA